AUGACGUCUACCUCUGAGGUGAGACCGAUGGUGGAUAAGCUGCAGAUAACCGGUGAGUCAAAAGUUACUUCGGGUACUGCUGCAUCUUUUCAAACUGAUAGUCUCGAUGAUCAUAUAGAUCCAAAAAAAUGGCCGCUGCGUCGGAAAUGGAAGGCUAUGCUCGGCAUCUCAUCUUUUGUCCUCAUGAGUCCACUUUCAUCAACGAUUGUAGCGCCUAGCUUGCCGAGUAUUGCCAGAGACUUGUCAAUCUCUCAGCCUGCAGAACAAUCAAUGGUACUCUCCAUUUUCGUGCUCCCUUAUGCCUUCGGGCCCUUGAUUGCAGGCCCUUUGUCAGAGAUGUAUGGCCGAGUACGAGUGAUCCAGUCCUGGAAUCUGCUAUACCUCGUCUUCAAUACCGCUUGUGGUGCUGCGCCAUCAAAGUCAGCUAUGCUAGCUUUUAGGUUUCUUGCAGGCUUCUUUGGAAGUGCUACACUCGGUAUCGGCGGCGGGACAUUGAGUGACCUUUUUACCGCCGAGGAACGUGGUAAAGCAGUUGCGAUCUACAGUGUUAUUCCCUUACUCUCUCCAGUCAUUGGCCCUAUUGUCGGUGGCUUCAUUGCCCAACACAUAUCAUGGCAUUGGGCAUUCUACAUAGCCUCACUGCUGGACGUUAUUAUUCAAAUCCUGGGCAUUUAUUUCCUCGAAGAGACGUAUGUGCCUGUGUUGCUACAUAGGAAACAGAUGCAUUUAAUGCGGACGACUGCGCUGGAUCACCGGCUCCACUCUAAAACCAGGGAGGCACUGAAGGGACUCCGGAGUCGGCUGAGGACCAAUCUCGGGCGAGCGGCUCUCCUCCUUACCACCCAGCCAAUUGUCCAAGUUUUUGCCCUGUACAAUGCAUUUCUCUAUGGGAUUAUCUACAUCUUAUACACCAUCUUUCCAGAUCUGUACACGGAGGUCUAUCACGAGUCAGAAGGGAUAGUUGGUUUGCAUUAUCUCUCUAUGGGGGUCGGCAUGACCAUUGCGGCUCAGGGUUUUACUUAUGUCAAUGAUCGGAUCUUCGCUUCCCUGAAAACCAGGUAUAGUGGAGUGCGUCUGCCAGAGUUCCGUGUGCCACCGAUGGGCCCGGCGACUCUGCUACUUGCCGGAGGGCUUUUCUGGUAUGGCUGGAGUGCCCAGUACAAACUCCACUGGAUCAUGCCGGACAUUGGUAGUGGCCUCUUCUGCAUCGGGGCCGUGGUGUGUGGUAUCUCCGCCAAUGCGUACAUUAUUGAUACGUAUGGGAAGUUCUCUGCCAGCGCUCUGGCAGCAGUAGGAACCCUACGAAGUCUAACCGCAUUUGGUUUUCCACUCUUUGCUCCUUACAUAUUCAAGGCAUUUGGUUACGGGUGGGCUGGAAGCCUCCUCGGGUUCUGUGCUUUGGGCAUCGGGUUGCCUUGUGUAGCAAUUAUAUGGUUUCAUGGCAACACAUUACGUCGACGAAGCACAGUUUUAGCUUCUGAUGGUGAAGGGAGUAGAGUGUGA